ACCCGCCCAUUCCCUCCAUUAAAUAUGCAGUGCCUGUUUUCUAGCUUACCAUAAUUCUCAUUUGGUUUGCAUUCCUCUUCCUCGCCCCACGUUAAUGGCGUCCAAGAGAAUUCUGAAGGAGCUCAAAGACUUGCAGAGAGACCCCCCAACGUCAUGCAGUGCAGGUCCUGUUGGAGAGGAUAUGUUCCAUUGGCAAGCAACCAUCAUUGGUCCUAAUGACAGUCCCUAUGCUGGCGGUGUUUUCCUUGUUACCAUCCAUUUUCCUCCUGAUUACCCUUUCAAGCCUCCCAAGGUUGCAUUCAGGACGAAGGUGUUCCAUCCCAAUAUAAACAGCAAUGGAAAUAUCUGUCUGGACAUUCUCAAAGAACAAUGGAGCCCUGCCCUCACCAUAUCCAAGGUUUUGCUGUCAAUUUGUUCCCUGCUAACGGAUCCGAACCCAGAUGACCCGCUUGUUCCAGAAAUUGCUCAUAUGUGCAAAUCUGACAAACAGAAGUAUGAGUCGACUGCUAGAGGGUGGACCCAGAAGUAUGCCAUGGGCUGAUCAGACUCUCCUAAUAAUUGCCUCUCUUUCCCGCCACUCCAAAUCAAUCCCCUUUAUACUAAAGUGGCCUUGACCUGAGCCAUUACCAUACAUGUACACCCUCCUAUGACUAUGAGAAUUGUUCUAAAGGCUUUACCUUUGUAAUUGUAUCGAGUUUUCUAUCUAAGAAUAAAUAAACAUGCUCGGAUCUUCUUCAUCUUACAAAACAGCCUGCCUAAACUUGUUUCUAUGGACCCACCAGUCUCUCAUUUUCUGUGAUGCCAUGCAGAAGUACAUCCCCCCUAAUCCCUGCUUCAUAUUAUUGAUAUCUUGCGUUAGAUUUUGCAUUUGAUCCAAAACCUUCCGUUGAUCUUUUUUGGGCAAGAACAACGCGCUAAUACCUCCUAUCUUGAAUUCCCGUUCAUGCUGUGAUAAAUAUAUCUUUACUCCCUAAAUUCCAGCAUGCUUGAUAGCUUCUUCUUGUUGUUACAAUCCUUGUGUCUCUUGAACUCAUUCUGUAGCAUCAGUUCUGAAAUACACCGACAUGAAUACUAAUUCUUUUUCUUGCUCCUUUCUAUAAAUCCCAAAACAAUUUGCCACUCUUCUUUCCUUGA